UGUGUAUACUGGUAAAGGUAUCAUCAUCAACAUUUGUGGCCACAAUAGCAACAACAGACGAUCUCUCACUGCAUUCGUUUUUGGACAUAUCCAGCCUCAGUGGGUACUUGUGCUCCGGUCAAGCCGUGCCGUCGAUAUACAAGCAAUUCUUUGGGAACAAGAACCAGCUGAACGCGUGUCCGCGCAGCGUGAAGACAACUCCUGGCCGCCUUCUGAGGAGACGCCAACCUUGAGCAACACAGCGUUCCAGGAACAGGCACUUUCGCCUUUAUGGGAGACGACUCCUGGCUGCCUUCUGGGGAGACGCCAACCUUGAGGGACACAGCGUUCCAGGAACAGGCACUUGCGCCUUUAUGGGAGACGACUCCUGGCUGCCUUCUGGGGAGACGCCAACCUUGAGCAACACAGCGUUCCAGGAACCGGCACUUUCGCCUUUAUGGGAGACGACUCCUGGCUGCCUUCUGGGGAGACGCCAACCUUGAGGGACACAGCGUUCCAGGAACAGGCGCUUGCGCCUUUCUGGGAGAGCCUCUGCAUGCAAGCCAGCCCAGAGUGAAGUAACCUUAUCGGCUCUGGGCAAAACGAGAGGAAGACUGCGUGAUGAUUCCGCACCGGCUGCUACGGUUGCGGCGCCGCCGAUGCCUGCUGCUGCUGCUGAUGAUGGCGAUGCUCGGCGUGAUGCUCUUCCGCUGCAAAGUUUACCUGCGGCCGUCGCACUCCACGUCACAUCCGGGAGGUUCGGCUUCAAACGGAGGUCAUUUGGAACGGCCAGUUCCAGUGGAUAACCGCAUUCACACCGCGGGUUGCCAGGUGCCGCAGUUCGACCCGUUCGACCCGUCCGUCAAGCCCUACGUCCGCCGCCAUCUUGAGGGCGGCGGUUGGUGCCAAGGAAAGCCUAACUUCCUAUCCAUCAGGAAAGGCUACACAGCAAUACUUGAAGAGAAGCUCGAGGAACACGGCGUGCGUCCGGAGGACCUGCUGUGCUUCUACCAAGAAAUUAAACGAAAUCAGACUGCAGCCAACCCCGAAAAUGUUACCGCGUACGGAAACCGACAACCGCUUCUGUUCGACAAGCCGUUGCAGGAGGAGUUUGUCUCUGUCGAAUGCUCCACGAGACAGUCGCCAAACCAGACUUUUCACAGCCAGUUUCUCCUCAACCCGAUUAUCAAGAAAGAUGUAGAGGAGCGCUGCGAAAAAGCGAAUAGCACCGUGCUCCACAAGUUGAGCGUCCUGGUGCUCGGCCUGGACUCGGUAUCGUACCUUAACCUGAACAGGCACCUGCCCCGGACGGCGCAGUUCUUAAGGGAAAAACUCGGUGCUUUCGAACUGCGCGGAUACAAUAAGAUUGGUGACAACUCCUACCCGAACCAGCAUGCCCUCCUCACUGGCUUAAAGUUCGCCGAGACAUGGCGGUACGCGCCGGAAGGAUUCUAUGACAGCCUUACAUCGCGCUUAAUCUGGCAGCAGUAUGGUGAACGGGGAUACCGAACAAUGUUCCUCGAAGAUUGGCCGAAGUACGGGAUCUUUUAUCGCUUCGCUAAUGGAUUCUGGCGCCCUCCGGCCGAUUACUAUCCGCGACACGUCAUCAUGGCCAUGGAGAACUCGUCCAAGUGGACCACGGAAGAUACGUGGCAGCCCCGUUGUUUGGGACCCACGAUGACGUCCGAGGAAAUGUUGGAUUACCUUGCUCGCUUCACUGACGCAAUGGCCCGGCGACCUUUCUUUGCCUACGUGUGGGUGAACGAAAUCGCGCACAAUUCCCUGAACAGCGCCGGGUACGCCGACGAACCCUUCCGGCGUCACCUAGAAACGCUGCACGUUUCCGGUGCCCUCCACAACACGGUUCUCGUUUUCCUCAGCGACCACGGUUUGCGAUUUGGUGACUCGCGUGCCACGUACAUCGGCAAGUUCGAGGACCGCCAACCCUUCGCCUUCGUGGUCUUCCCGCAGCGGUUCCUCGAUGCGAAUCCGAAGGCGGCACGUAGUCUUUUUUACAACCAGUUCCGCCUGACCACUCCCUUCGACGUGCAGGCAACGCUGGCCGAGCUGCUGGACUACCCGAGCGUCGAGCGACCGCAGACUAGGUACGGCCGCAGCCUGCUGCACGAAAUACCCGAGGCAAGGACGUGCACCGACGCGCACAUCGGACACCACUGGUGCGUGUGCAACGUCCGCGUCGAUGUCGCAGUGUCGAGAACGCUCGCCUUGGCAAUGGCAAACCAUCUCGUCGCUUGGAUCAACGGAUUGGUGGCGCAGGCAACGCGAAAGUGCGCCCAGUACCGGCUGCUCCGAGUGAUGGACGUGACGGCGUUGCAGGUGACGUCGUCUGAGCUCGCGCACAACACGAGCCACUAUUGGGUCACCGUCGAGGUGUCGCCAGGCAACGCUAUUUUCGAGGGCACGGUGCGUGUCACUGGUGACGCCUUGACUGCGCUGAACGAUAUAAGCCGCAUUGAUAGAUGCACCUCGGUGUCCUAUUGCGCGUGGAGUCACUGGCUUGAGAAAUAUUGCUACUGUCUCCGUACUUACGAACAGCAGAUGUGAAUCAUGCUCCUUGAACAUGCAGGAGGGCAUCUUAACAUUUAUAUUGCGGCAUUCUGCUCCGAAUAAAUAGCUUCGAAUUUGGCUCAGGAAAUCUAAGAAAAAAAGAAAACGUAAGACAGCUCGCGGCCCCCAGUGUUGUGUUUUUUCUCGUUAUUGUUGAUUAAUAAUUUUUCCUCGCCAACUGC